AUGGACGAGCCUCUCCUGCCCAUGAGCUACGGCACCCUGCCGCGAUAUCCCGCCCGCGACAACUCCGUCUUCCCAUGCUCGCUGCGCGGGAAGCGCAUCCUCCUCUGCACCGAGUCCUUCGGUCCCGUCAACGGCGUCAGCCGGACGACCUUGAUGCUCGUUGAGCACCUAAGGUCCCACGGCGCCCUCGUCGCCGUCGUCGCCCCUCACAUCCACACUCAGCACAACACCUUCGCCCCGUCGUCGUCGUCGUCGUCGUCGUCGUCGGCCGGGGGCCACAGCGACAGUCACAUCGAGGUGCGGCUCCAAGGUUACCCUCUGCCCUUCAACCCGGAGCUGUCCGUCGUCUACCCCGUGCGCGUGUCGGCCCUCUUCGCGAGGACCUUUGGCGCCGACACCCCGCCCGACCUCAUCUAUCUUGCCUCGCCGGCGUCCCUGGGCUUCCAGGUCAUGCUCCAGCUCCAGCAGCAGCCGAGGGCGAGGCGGGUGCCCGUGAUUUGCAACUUCCAGACAGACCUCGCCGGAUACUGCGCCAUCCUGUUCCCCCACCCCUUCAGCACCGUCGCCGUCUUCGCCUUCGCCAUGGUCCAGAGCUUCCUGUUCCGCCACGACUCCGUCAAGACCGUCUUCUACCCGUCGCGCUUCGUGCGCAAGUACCUCGAGGCCCAGGGCGUGCAGGGCUCCAAGCUCGAGGUCUUGCGCCGCGGCGUCAAGACGGAGGUGUUCCGGCCAGAGAUGCGCAGCCCGGCGCUGCGGAAGCUCAUCGCCCCCGACGGCGAGAUCAUCCUGCUGUGCGUAUCGAGGGUGGCGGGCGAGAAGGGCUUCGACUUCCUGGCCAAGGCCGUCAAGGAGCUGGACGCGAGGGGCCUCCGCUUCAAGCUCUAUGUCGUGGGAGGGAACCGGAACCCCGAUGUCGAGAGCCAGGUGCACGCCAUGUUUGACCCUCUGCGAGCGCAAGGUAAGGUCAUCUUCGCGGGGUUCAAGACGGGGGAGGACCUCGCCACGGCCUACGCCUCGGGCGAUAUCUUCCUCCACUGCUCCGUCACCGAGACCUUCGGGCUCGUCGUCCUGGAGUCCAUGGCCAGCGGUGUGCCGGUCGUGGCCCGGGACGAGGGCGGGCCGAGCGAUAUUAUUGAUGACGGACACUGCGGCUACCUGGUCCCGCCCGACGACCUCGAGACCUUCGUCGACAAGGUCAUGUACCUGUCCAAAGACCACAGCUGCCGGGAAAGAAUGGCCGUCCGAGCACGGGAGAUGGCUUGCGAGGCGACCUGGGAAAAGAUCAACAACCAGGUCGCGUGGAGGAUGGCCGACACCAUCGAGGAGCGGGAGCGGGAGAAUGCCCAACUCGUUCACCAGCGGACGUCCAUCGCCAUGCAGACGAGCCAAACGGUGCCCAUCCACCGCUGGUUACUCAUGGGCGACGCCAUCCGCGACGUCGUCGUGGGCCGGCUUGUGGAUGCCAAGCUGGCUGGCGGCCUCGGGGUCGUCAUGACUUUCUGGUUCUUCACGGGGCUGUACCUAGCGUUUACCGAAACGGUUCUCUGGUUCAAGGGGAAGCUACCACGACUCUGGAGCCAACGGACAGUUGCAUAA